UGCCGGUCCUACGGAAUGGGCUUUGAGUCUUUAGUAGUUUGUCCUUCGCGUCGUCCCGAUGACCUCUGCAGCCUAGAUGGAAGCCGUAUAUAUACAGCUCCUUCAUCUUUCCCUGGCAGUAUCUACACGCUCACCAAACCGACGGAAUGAAGCUGAUUGUCCUUGCCUGCCUGGCCGCCGCGGCCCUCGCCGCCCCCCGCCCCCAGGAGGACCCGGUCGCCAUCCUUCGCGACGACCGCCAGGACGACGGCGACGGCAACUUCAAGUACGAGUUCGAGUCCGACGAUGGCACCUUCGUGUCUGCCGUUGGCACUCCUGGCGCCGAAGGCCAGAGCAACAUCCAGGGGUCUUACAGGUUCACCCUCCCCGACGGCACCAUCGCCGAAGUCACCUACAUCGCCGACGAGAACGGCUUCCAGCCCCAGUCCGACCUCCUCCCCACCCCCCACCCCCUCCCCGCCCACGCCAUCGAGCAGAUCCGAUUCGCCGAGGCGCAGCGCGCGGCGCAACCGGCCGCAGCCUCUUCCUUCUAGAUCCCCAGUGCCAAUCCUCCUUCUAGAUCCUCGGCGCGAACUGCAAAUCACCGUGAGAAAGGAAUUAAUAUUGUAAAAACGAAAAACUUACUAUUUUCGCAGUUUUUAUGUGGUUUUAAUGAAAUGUAAUAAUGUAA